AUGGACAAACGAAAGUCACCUGAAUAUUGGAAAAGGGUAACCUGCAUCAUGAUUCAUGUCGCGAUCAUAACAGCUGUUGGAUGCUCUUUGAACACCGUGAAAACAAUAAGAUGUGGAAUAGAGAACUACUCCAGUGGCGGAUAUGCUGCUGGUGGCUGUCAUGUUUUGGCUGCUGCUGUUUCUGCUGGCUUUCAUGUUUCUACUGCUGGUUGUCAUGUUUUGACGGCUGCUGCGGCUGUAAGAGUUUGUCAUGUCUUGACUGCUGCUGCUGGCUGUCAUAUUUUGGCUGCUGCUGCUGCUUCCGCUGGCUGUCAUGUUUCGAAUGAUGCUUCUGCUGGCUCUCAUAUUUUGGAUGCUGCUGCUGCUCGUCGUGUUUUGGCUGCUGCUGUUGCUUCUGCUGGCUGUUAUGUUUUGGCUGCUGCUGCUUCUGGAAGCUUUCAUGUUUCUACUGCUGCUUGUCAUGUUUUGACUAAUGCUGCAGCUGUAGCAGUCUGUCAUGUCUUGACUGCUGAUGCUGGCUGUCAUGUUUUGAAUGAUGCUGCUGCUUCUGUUGGAUUUCAUGUUUCUGCUGCUGCUGGUUGUCACGUUUUGACUGCUGCUUCUGCUGCAAGCUGUCAUGUUUUGACUGCUGCUUCUUCUACUGGCUUUCAUGUUUCUACUGCUGGUUGUCAUAUUUUGAUUGCUGCUGCUUCUGCAAGCUGCCAUGGUUUGACUGCUGCUGCCGCUGUUGCAGGCUGUUAUGUCUUGACUGAUGAUGCUGGCUGUCAUGUUUUGAAUGCUGCUGUCAGGAUUUGGCUGCUGCUGCUGCUGCUGCUUCUGCUGGCAGUCAUUUUGGCUGCGGCUGGUUUUGCUGGCUAUGUACGAAGUUUGGAAUUGUCGAUUGGUGGUUUUCCAUAA